AUGGUUGAAGAUUUAUCACAUAAUCGGGACGAGAUCUCUUCGGUUAAUAACCCAAAACUUGGAUUAGCCGCCACCGCCGCUUUGCUCACUACCACCGAUAACGAUAACAGUAACAAUCUUAAGAACAGUAAGAGGAACAGUAAAGGAAACAAUGACAAGAUGGAUAAGGAUGCAAAUACUACUGAAGCUCAAACUAAUAAGACUGAUAUAACUGAAAUUAGUGCUGCCACCACCACCACUACUAUUACUACAACUGACUCUGGCAAUAUCCCCAUGGAGGAACAACAACAACUUUCUCAUUUGCCGCCGCCGCACUCUGCAAAUUUAAACAGCGCCGGCCGUUCUGACGAGAACAAAAUCAUCGGCGAGCCGCCCAACGCAAAUGGAAACAUUGUGCCGUCGUUACAUCAUGACAGUGACAAUGACAAUAAUCAACAUCACCUAGACACACAAACACAAAGACAAACACGAAUAGAACCCAAAAAAACAGAAACAGGAGGUACAGAUAACAAUACUGAUAUUGAAAACGGCAACAUUAACCCCUCGUCUGAACAAGAAUCUGAACAAGAACCGUCCAUAAAACAGCAAUCCGUACCAUUAACAUCGAUAAGACCUGAUUCGAUUCAAAGUACAAUGUCUUCUGAUAUAAAUAACGAUGAUGAUAACAUGACCAAUAAUGAUACCUUGUUGCAUCCUAAAUUACCGUCCAAUUUGAUGCACCUUCCAGGUUCCGCAUCAUCUCCUGCUUCUCCAACUUCCUCUUGUUUACCAUCUUCUUCAUUAUAUCAAUAUCACUAUAGGCAACAACAACUUUUAAGAUCAAUUGAUGAUAGAACAUACGUACCACCGGGGAAAAUUCAUCUUUAUAAUAAUUCUAACUCAAACAUUAACAGAAUAAAUGACUUUAAAACAACCUUCCAAUAUAAUAAUAACAGGAACAUUUCUAGUUUUAAUAAUACGAAUGUGAUUAGAUCUUCUUCAACGUUACCAACAACUAUCCCAAUGGCAAUUCCCAUGACAAUACCAAUGACUAACCAUCCUCCAUUGAAUAAUACCAAUGAUAGCCUUCAUAGUAGUAAUAAUAAUAAAAGAUUGAGUAUAAAUGAUUGUUCUCCUUAUUUCCCUGCAUCUUCAUCUUCAAGAAACUCUGAUCUUUCACUUAAUAACGCGCGGUUUCAUAAUAAUAAUAAUAAUACUAACAACAAUCCUAGUAGCAAUGGACGUAGAUUCUCAUUGCCAAUAAUAUCUAGAAAUAACAAUAAUGUUAUUACUUUCACUAGUGAUGAAAACAAUAGCGGUAAUCGCGAACCGAAUGAAUUCAGUGACAUUUUUACAAGAUCUUCAACUGGUUCAAUUUUACCCUAUAGUCGCAAUAGUAAUAUAAGAUCUCAAUCAAAUAAUGAUAAUAACCCAAGAAAUGAUAUACCUUCAUCGGCACCAUAUAUUACCAAUAAAAAUAAUCAAUUACCUUCAAUAAGGACAAAUGAUGAUGAUGAUACUACGAAUAAUAAUGAUGAAAAUAGUAACAAUGCUUUUGUCCCACCUCCUCCACCAAAAUAUAUUAACUCUAAGCUAGAUGAACUUAGAACAAGAAUGUUACCUGAUCCAAAAGUUGUAUCAAAGAAAGAUAAUCUGGAUUUAGGUACUGCAACAGCAACAGCCGCUGCAGUAUUAUCAAAUAUGAAAUCAUCACCAUUUAGAUUUCAAGAUAGACCAUAUAGUCAUUCAUCAAACAAUAAUGCUUAUAGCAGUAGACCACAUUCUUCAUCCUUUUCAAACAAUGGCAGAGGAUUGACAAACCCAUUGAAUUCAAUUCAACAAUUACAGUCACAAGUAAAAGCUCAUCAAAAUCAACAAUGGCCUCCAUUAUCAAAUGAUAAUAACAAUAUCAACCAUCUUCAAGAUGAUAAUGAAACUGAUAAUGAAAACGCUUUUUCAACCGAAGAUGAAAUUGAAUCCGAUGAUAAUGGUCCAAUCCCUCCAACAUUUAACAACUUGAAUGUCCCUAUUACAUCUCAAGUUACAUGGAAUAAAAAUGGUAAAAGAAUUAAUAGAAGAGUAUCAGCCCCAGAACAACUAAUAAAUAAAAAAUUGAAGAAAAAUAAUAAAUCUAAUAAGAAUGAAAACGUAAUAAUUUUUCCACCAGAAGUUGAAACAGCAACGAUAUCGGGAAAAUUAUCAAUAGGAUCACCAUCUACAACAACAACAACAACAACGAAAAAAGCCAAAAAGAAACAGAAAAAAUCUAAAACUUCAACAAAUGGUAAUGUCUUAUUAGAACUCAUACCUUAUAAACAUAAAUCAAAAGAUACUAAAAAUGAAACAAUUCAAGAUAAAUCUUCAACCAUAAAGCCUAAAAAGAAGGUUAAACUCAAGAAAGAAAGUCCAACUGCAGGGAAAUCAGGUCAAAGGUCAAGAUCAGGUUGUUGGAUUUGUAGGUUAAGAAAAAAGAAAUGUACAGAGGAAAGACCCACUUGUCAAAAUUGUGAAAGAUUACAAUUGACUUGUCACUAUGAAGAAAUUAAACCUGAUUUUGUUUAUGAUCCUGAAUUGAAAAAAUUGAAGAUGGAGGAAAUUAGAAUUAAAACAAGAGAAGCCAAGAGAAUUGCAAUGAGGAAAAACGCUAAUAGUGCAAAAGCAAAGAAAGAUAAAUUGAAAUCAAGCUCAAGUCCUGUACUAAAUUUUAAAAGAUACAAUGAAGAUAAAAUUAAGAAUGAAAAUGAAAAUCAAAACUUACAACAACAAAAACAACAGCAACAACAUAUACUAAAUGCACCGUCUGAAGAUAAUCCUAACAAUAAUAACGUUUUUGAGAAGAACGAUUUCCACCCUCAUUUCCCUAUAUUACGUGAGAUUGUAAAUAGUAAUAAUAACAAGACAAUAAACGCUGAAAACUCACUACAACUUCCCGCUUUUAUAAAGAAAGAGAUUUCAACAUCAUUUAAUACAACGAAAGCAGCUAUAUCGCCUGAUAUUGUGAACGCAACCACUACUACAGACACUGAUAAUAAUACGAAUACUAGUCUCGAGACCAACGUAACAGAUAUCGGAGAGACUAAUUAUAAUGAAGAAAAAAAAACUGGUCAGAAAAAUAAUGAUUAA